GUACAAAUCAUAAAUUUUAUAAGUCAGCAUUCCGAUCAGUACCUGUUGUAGUUGUUAGGGCUUGGGUCUUAUUUGUGCACAUUUCCAAGACAAAGUUACAACUAGGAGCGGUUAAAAUACAGGUUCGUUAAUAGGCGACCAUAAUUCCUAAACAGGAGGUAAUCACAUGUACAGUACAGGCGGAAGCAGUUCAUUUUAUAGCAACCCAGUGUGUACACCAGAAACACUCGAGCCCGGAAGUGACUCUGCCCCUAGAAAACAUGGCUUCCAGGCCAUUUCCGUUCGCCUAUAGGCCAUAAUUGAGCCUCGAGGCUUCUCGCGGUUUUUCAGUUGCUGUCUGCUUAGCAAAGUCUCUCCCGCGGCUUGUUUCGAGGAGGAAGGCGGGGCUACAAAGGAGACGCUGCGUGGUGAUUGGUUUCGCCGCGUGGGCCGUGGCUCUCGGGGAGGUGAACGUCGUGAUUGGUUGUCGAGAGGCGGGGCGACUUGACCGCUGGAGAAGCGGCGGCCGCCACGGGAGAACCAUGGGUCAGGCCGCCAAGGUUUUACAGCUCUUUAAAACACUGCACAGGACUAGACAACAAGUUUUUAAAAAUGAUGCCAGAGCUUUAGAAGCAGCCAGGAUAAAGAUUAAUGAAGAAUUCAAAAGUAAUAAAAGUGAGACUUCUCCUAAGAAAAUAGAAGAGCUCAUGAAAAUAGGUUCUGACGUUGAACUGUUACUCAGAACAUCUGUCAUACAAGGCAUUCACACAGACCACAAUACACUGAAAUUGGUCCCUAGGAAAGAUCUUCUUGUAGAAAAUGUGCCAUAUUGUGAUGUACCAACUCAGAAGCAAUGAAUUUUUUAGGCUAAAACAAGUCUCUGCACUUUUUAAUUUUAGAAAUGUGACUCUUGCAAAAGUACUAAAAAUGUAGAUGCUUUUCUCUGAACCGGCAUAUUAGAAAUGAAUGACUUAAAUAAUA